AUGAGGAGUGAUAACCUGACACUUGGCCACGGGCAUAUGUUUCCUUUCUCACUUCCUUUAAACUACCAAUUUAAUACUCUUUCCAACUCUCACUAUCACUAUGAGAGACUGGCCUUGUCCUUUCUUGUUAUUCCUAUCAUGGCCAAUGCAAUACUCAACUCAGAACUUAAUGUCUCGUCACCUAUCAAGAUUAUGUGUAGAAUAGGUGUGUUCCACUUUCUCUCUCUCUCUUUCUCUCUCUCUCUCUCUCUCUCUCUCUCUCUCUCUGCCACACUUGUUCUCACUCUUUUUCAUGAUUUUUUCUCUCGGUAUCACGCUUGUUUUCUUUUUGGUGCCUUGCUGAUAAUCUGUCCCACCCUCUAUAAUUUGUUUUCUUUCUGUGUGUUGGGAUUGAUUUUCUCCCCGUGUCUUUCUCUGUGUCACGCUUGUUCUCCUCACACGAUUGUUCUUGUUCUCUGUCUCUCACGCUCACACUUCCUCUGCCUCACCAGUUCUCACUUCCACUGUCUCAAUUGUCCUCUUUCUCCCUGUUUCGCUUGUCUUCUUCCUCUCUGUUUCGCGUGUCUCUGUCUCUCUCUUUCGUUUCUUCCCUUUCUUGCUCCUUCUCGCUCUCUAUCAGGCUUGUCCUCUCUCUGUAUCUAUCCCGUUUGUCCUGUCUGUCUCUCUCUCCCACUUGUCCUGUCUCUCUGUCCCGCUUGUCCUGUCUCUCUGUCCCGCUUGUUCUCUCUCUCUAUUCCGCUUGUUCUCUGUUUGUCACUGUUCCGCUUGUUCUCUCUCUCUCUCGUGUGUUCUCUCUCUGUGUCCCCCUUGUUCCCUCUCUCUGUCUCUAUAUAUCUCUGUCUGUCUGUCCCUCUCUCUCUCUCUCUUUGUAACGCUUGUUUUCUCUCUACGUCCCGCCAGUUCUCUGUCUCGCGUGUCCCCGCUCACAAACUUGCUUGUUCCCCCACACUCUGUGUCUCGCUUAUUCAGUUCUCUCUCUCUCUCUCUCUGUCUCGCUUAUUUGCUCUCUGUUUCUAUAUCGCCCCUCUUCUUUCUAUCACUCGUCUCUUUUUCUUUCUCGUCUCUUCUAUCUAUCACUCGCCUCCCUCUCUAUAA